UCUCUCGUGGAAUCUCUUUCCUGCCGGCAAGGAGUGAAGAGCGUUCUGGCUUUAGGAAUCAGGUUUCUCCAUUUUCUGAGAUGUGUAGUCAGAAGAAAAGAAAAGAUAUGGAAGCUGCUUGUACCUGGAGUUUAUUGUCUGAGAAGAAAUCUGCUUCAAGUUCUCUGGCUUCCUGUUCAAUGAAGGAUCCUGCAGAUUAUCGGGAAAUGUACCGAAGACAUCUAAGAGAAAAAUACCUAAAAACAGGACCUGAUAAAUGUUUACCCCAUUGCAAGCAUAUAGAUACACGGCUACUUCUUGUAAAAGAGUAUGGUAUAUCAGAAAAGACUUCCUGUGGAGUGCCUCAGCAAGAUUGUUUUCUUGAGAUGGAACACAUGUUUGAUCCUGAUGAACCAGGCUGCAACUCCUCCAAAACAGUGGUGCUUCAGGGAUGCCCAGGGAGUGGGAAAACAGCGAUGGUGCACAAGUUCAUGUUUGAUUGGGCAGCAGGAAUGGUUACUCCAGGCAGAUUUGACUAUCUCAUCUAUGUCAACUGCAGAGAAAUAAGCCAUACUGCUCCUAUUAGUGCUAUUGAUUUGAUCACCAACACUUUUCAAGAUAUAAAAGAACCAAUCCUGGAUAUUAUCAUUGAAUAUCCAGAGAAGCUUCUGUUCAUUCUUGAUGGGUUUCCUGAGCUGCCAUACAUUUUCUGUGAGCAUGAAGAUGAUCUGAGUGAUAAUCCCCAGGAGAAGAAGCCAGUGGAGUCUCUUCUGUGUAGUUUCGUGAAGAAAACACUAUUUCCUGAAUCUUCUCUCCUGAUAACUGCCCGUCUUACAGCCAUGAAGAAGCUCCACUCUUUGUUAAAACAACCUAUCGAGGUAGAGAUCCUGUGGUUUCGAGAUGCUGAAAAGCGAGCAUAUUUCUUGAGUCAGAUAUCAGGUGCUAAUAGAGCAAUGAGUGUCUUUUAUGACUUGCGAGACAAUGAACACCUUGACAUUAUAUCCUCACUGCCCAUUGUUUCCUGGAUGUUGUGCAGAGUCCUGCAGUCACAGGAUGACGAAGAUAAGAAUCUUAUGAGGUCACUGCAUACGAUGACUGGUGUGUAUCUGUUCUAUUUUUUGAAGUGCCUCCGAAACCUUAGAGGCAUCCCGAUGUGGAUGGGACAGAGUUGUCUGCAGGGUCUUUGCUCUCUGGCUGCAGAGGGACUGCAGAACCGUCAGGUUCUGUUUACAGUCAGUGACCUCCAAAGACACGGGAUAGGAAUUAAUGAUGCCAGUUGUGAUUUUCUCAAUCACUUCUUGAAAAAAGUGGAAGGGGAUGUUAAUAUCUAUACCUUCCUUCACUUCAGUUUCCAAGAGUUCUUAACUGCUGUGUACUAUGUCCUGAAGAAUGAUGACUGCUGGGUAGCUUUUAAUCAAGUUGGGAAAACAUGGCAAGAAAUAUUCCAACAAGUUGGAAAAGGUUUUUCCUCACCAACCAUACAAUUCCUAUUUGGACUCAUACAUAAAGGGAAGGAAAUGGUUGUAAAAAAUAUUUUUGGAAGACAAAUCUGUCAAGAACUUGAAGAAGAGUUGUUGAAAUGGACUGAGACAGAAAUGAAGGAUAAAACUGCCCGGUUACAGAUAGAGCCAGUUGACUUGUUUCACUGUUUGUAUGAGAUGCAGAACACAGAAUAUGCAGGGAAGAUAGUUGAUCAUUUAGAGUCACUUGUGCUGCUCCAAGCUACCUAUACAAAAAUGGACACCUUGGCUAUGUCAUUUUGUGUCAAAAAUAGUCACCGUGACCUGUCAAUGUCUCUCAAGUGUCAGCACCUUCUUGGGUUUGAAGAAGAAAUACAUACGUCACUAUUCAUGCCACCAUCCAUGCCAACAGCAUCAAAUGUAUCAUUUAAUCACUCCUUUCUGCUGCAUAAUCAGUAUUCGUCUCAGCUACAUUUCCUCUGCCAAGCACUGCGUGAUCCAGCCUGUAAAAUUAAAGACCUGAAAUUGAUUUUCUGCCACCUCACAGCUUCUUGUGGUAGAGACCUCUCCUCAGUUUUUGAAACCAGCCAGUGUCUGACAGAGUUGGAAUUUGUAAAGAAUACCCUGGAAGAUUCAGGAAUGAAGCAUUUUUGUCAUGGAUUAAAACACCCACACUGUAUGCUGCAGACUUUGAGGUUGUACCGGUGCCUUAUUUCUUCUGAUUCUUGUGGAGCACUAGCUGCUGUUCUUACUACCAAUCAGUGCCUCACUGAGCUAGAAUUUAAUGAGACAAAACUAGAAGCCUCAGCUUUGAAGUUGCUCUGUGAUGGCUUAAAACAUCCAAACUGCAAAGUACAGAAGCUCAAGUUGUGUGGUAGCCUUCUGCCAGAAAGCUCAGAGAUCAUUUGCCAGUAUCUUGCUUCUGUUUUUAUUUACAACCAAUACAUCACUGAGUUGGACCUGAGUGAAAAUCCCCUGGGGGACAAAGGGGUGAAAUAUCUUUGUGCAGGUCUCAGAAAUUACAACUGUAAAGUGGAAAAACUAGACUUGAGCAAAUGUUGCCUCACAGAUGCUAGCUGUGUGGACCUUUCUUCCUUCUUGAGAAGGAGUCUGACUUUAAAAGAAUUAUUUGUGUUUGCCAAUGUCCUGGGGGACACAGGAGUACAGCAUCUCUGUGAAGGUGUGCUGCAUACAAACAGCAUAAUUGAAAAUCUUGUGCUUUCUGAAUGUUCCCUCUCUGCAGCUUGUUGUGAGACCCUCGCCCAAGUCCUUUGUUUCAACAAGAGCCUGACAAAACUGCUUCUAAUUAAUAACAAAAUUGGAGAUUUGGGACUGAAAUUGCUGUGUGAAGGAUUAAAACGUCCUGACUGUCAGUUAAAGGAUCUGGCGUUGUGGACCUGUCACCUAACUGCAGCAUGUUGCCAGGAUUUGUGCAAUGCAUUGUAUACCAAUGAACACCUGACAGACCUUGACCUCAGCGACAAUGCCUUAGGGGAUGAGGGCAUAAAGGUUCUGUGUGAAGGAUUAGAACACCCUUCCUGCAAACUACAGACCUUGUGGAUAGCAGAAUGUCAUCUAACAGAUGAGUGCUCUGGAGCUCUCUCCUCUGUCCUCAACAGAAACUCGACGUUGGUAUUGCUAGACUUAAGUGGAAAUAACUUCACAGAUUUUGGAAUACAAAUGAUGUGUGAUUCAUUGAUUCAUUCAAGAUCUAAUCUUAAGACAUUCUAUAUUGAUACAGAUUAUUUAUGUGAAGAAACAAUGAGAAGGAUGGAGCUUUUAAAAAUAAGCAACCCUGGAAUCACCUGGUAGUUUCCAAGGACAAUGCCUGAGCAGAUUGCACAUACCUCCCUCCCCCUAGAGUACCACGUUUAAAAACUGUUCAGUAUUAUUUUCCCAAAUCCUUUCACCUUUGCUGAAGAUGCUAAGAAACAAGCAGCAGGGAUUGCUGUUUCUUCCAUAAAAGCAUCCACUAAGUAGAAUGUAAAUGGCAGAUGCACCUUAGUUCAAAGUGUUUUCAGCAAUAAUUCUUUACAUUCAUAUAUUGUGUUAUUGUGUUUACUGUACUGUUAUGAAAAUCCUUUAAGGUGAGAAGACCAAGGUUCAGAGAAAUUGUGACUAGGCUUAUGUCACACAGUUCAUUAAUAGGAGCAUACAGACUUGAGUCCAGCUGGGUAUUCCUGCUGUAGAUUUAAGCUACAUUUUAAUUAAUGAAUGGGAGAGGCAGUGACUUAUUUCAUGGAGGGAGUGAGACUUUAUGUGAGCCUUGAAGAAUGAAUAGAUUUCAGAUAGGCAGAGAUAAUGGCCAGUGCCUUUAAGUCUGCCUGCUUACAAGGCUGUGUUUGUGUGCAGCUCACCAGAACAGCCUAGGGGAAAAAAAUGUUUGCAUCAGAAUUUUGCAAGCUGCCACAAAAUCCAGUUUCCAGUUUCAACUUCAUUUCUGAACAUCUAGUAUCUCCCAAAUGUGUUGUUAUGUCUUCAUAGUUCCCAGGACUGACUGACUCCUCAUUUCUAACAGCAUCUUGCUCAGCCCAGUACCAUUUCCACAUCUGCCCAGUUUCUCCCAAACAGUGGAUGAGACAAGUAGGGAGAAAGAAAAUAGCACAAAGUCAGUGAAGCAGGAGCAAAUGUACUAUGGAAAUAGCAGAAAGCAGGCUAACCUUAUUAAAGUGUAGAAUUUUCACUGGAAAUUAUUUGAUAAGCUGUGUGACCCUGAAUUAAGUCACUUGGAUUCCUGAUACCUUAGUUUUCCUAUCUAUAAAUUAGGGAUACGUUGACAUUAGUCUUACCAGGGCUCUUUCCCAACAUGCUCCCAAUUUCACAGUAGGCACUACUUAAUUAUGCCUGUUUGUAUGAGUGUGGAUGUUUAGUGUAUAACUGUACUGUAGUGUAGUCGUUGAACACAGAUUUUCUUGCCAUUGUCAUCAUCGUUAACUGCAUUUGAACUGUGUGUGUGUGCGUGCGUGCGUGCGUGCGUGCGUGUGUGUGUGUGUGUGUGUGUGUGUGUGUGUGUGUGUGUGUUUUGGAGGCAGAGAAUCCACUGGGGGAAGAGAUCAGAGUGAGAAGUUAUUCUAUGUGAGUGAUUGUUAGAAUGCAUCAUCCGUCACUAUCUAUCUCCACCUUCCCUGGUCCUCAUUACCCUGGGAAAUGCUAACUCAGUAAGAACCCAGGAUCUGUUCUAAGAAGAGUCAAGAUAGAAUUUCCCGUUUUGUUUUAAGUGCUUUGUUGCCUUUAGGUAUUUAUCAUGUAUUUAUUGGACAUUUAUUGUGUGCUAGGUUUUGUGUCAUGUUUUGGAUUUACAGAGAUGAACAUACCUUUUCUUGAUACUUCCCCUACCAUGAUCUCUGACUAACCUAGUCCCUGUCUGUGCGGUAAAAAUCUGUUAAAACUCAGUCACAUUAGGAACUCAAAAGAUACAGGCAGGGCUAGAGGCAUGGCUCAAGUGAUAGAGUGCCUGUCUAUCAAACAUGAAGCCCUGAGUUCAAACUUGAGUACCACCCUAAAAAACCAAACCCUUGAUGGUAAAAAUUAAAUGGGAAAUGGAGAGCUAUGUGUAUAUAAGGGUAUGCACAUCUGGUUUGCUUACAAAAGAAUGUAUAAUCAUAUGUACAUGUAUCCAGAAAAUACAUACAAGGAGCUGGUAACAGUGAUUACUUCUGACUAGGGGAAUUUGGCGAGCAGAGUAGUAGGGAGAAAAGGAAAGGAACUUUCAUCUAUGGUCCUCCAUUUUCUACUUCAUAAUUUCACCAUGUACAUAUUAUGUUACUUUUAUAAUUAGUUGAAUUUAUGUUAAAAAUAAAACUCAGGCUUUCUUUUGGCUUGGAACUACCAUCUUCCAAAAAUUUGUCAAAACGAUGAAUACAAAAGGAAAGAGGAGAGGUACCCAAUACAUGUUCUCUAGGCCUUUCGAGGUAGGGGGCCCUGUUUAGAAAGGCAUGCCCCUAGAUGUUACCAUAGCAAAACUGGAAGCACCUAUAAUGUUACCCAGCGUACUGUUGGGAUUGUUGAGAACAAGAAAGGGCAAGAUUCUUGCCAGGAGGAUUAAUGUGUGUAUUGAGCAUAUGAAGCAUGCUUAAGAGCUAGUUUCCUGAAUUGUGUCAAGGAAAACAGCCAGAAAAAGAAGGAAGCCAAAGAGAAAAGAAGCUGGUUUUUACUGAAGCUCCUGCCUGCUCCACUCAGAGAAGCACACUUCGUGAGAACCAAUGAGGAUGAGCUUGAACUCUUGGGACCUAUUCCCUUUGAAUUCAUGGCAUAAGAAAUGUAAAAAAAAAAAAAAGAAAAGAAAAGAAAAAAAAAGACCACUGGACUAUUAAAAAACAAAACACCUCAGGGCUGAGGAUAUAGGGAGAAAAGGAAAGGGACUUUCAUCUAUGGUCCUCUGUUUUCUACUUCAUGUUUUUAUCUUGUGCAUGGGUUACUUUUAUAAUUAGUUGACUUGAUGUUGAAAAUAAAAUGCAGGGCUGGGGAUCUAGGUCAGUGGUAUGUACAGCAAUUGUCUGGUUUAAAUCUCCAGUAUUGGAAAAAAUAAUAAACUUAAAAAAAAUUG